GUUGUUUCCAGCACUAUUUUGUAGCACAGAAUAAAAAAACCAGCUAGCACAGUUUUUUAUUCCAAAUAUACAAAUAUAGGCUAGCACAGAUUGGAGGAAACCCGAAUUAAAACAGAGAAGAGAAUCGGAAGCAAAAGAGGAGGCGAAAACGUUUAACAACUAUGUCAACGCUGGCUGGAGUAGCCGUUGAGGAGCUACAAGAUGGUGACACUAGCAGUUUAGAACCGGGCGAAGUUGUUACCCCACCACGCAACACAAGCAGUCCAGCGGGAGCCAAGAAACUCCUUUCCAAGGAUUUAAUGAGCAGAACAUUGCGCAAGCUAACAGCGGCCAGUACACAAAUCGAUGGCCAUGAGAAUGGUGAUUGUGAGGGUGCAGGUGCAAGUGCGAGUGCGGGUGGGGAGGCAACAAAGGCGCACGAUGGGGAGACUGGCAAGAGGGAGUCAGAGGUGACCGCAAUUGAUGAGGCGAAAGUCAGGAGUAAGCUGGAACUGGAGGUAAUUAGACGAAAGGAGGAAAAAUUAUCUGCCCCAGCUGAAAACGGGAUAAAGGAUGAGAGUAAUAAUGAUGGUAAUGCCAAUGAUAAUGAUGUUGCCAAAGCUGAACAGCGCACUGCCCCACCAAAUGAUGAUGACGAAGGUCUAUACUCGGACACAGAUUCCUCGGGAGAUGAGCAGCAACAGCAGAUGCUGCAGCAAAACGUCGAAGAUGUUCAACAGGCCCGUAAGGAGAAGCAAUUAGAGGCUGCUGCUGCCCAGGCACAGGCUCAAGUGCCACCGCAACCGUCGCCACAUCCCUUUUUACGCUGCAGUCCAAUGAGAUUUCACAGUCGUCCGGUUUGUUUUGAUUUCCCUCGAAUGGGCUUUAUGCCCAGAAUGGUUAUGCUCGGGCAUAACCGACUCAGACCGCCCACAUUCUUCAAUGGGAAUAGGUCACAGACUCCACAACGUAUGGUCUCGCCCAUGAAAUCAAAUUCCGGAAGCCCAGCCCUACCACCAGGUGCAAGUGGCAAUAAUGGUGGUGGAGCGGGAGUCGCUGGAGCUGUCGGUGGACCAGUCUACGGCCCGGUUUUGCCACCAUCGAUCGCUAAGAAACCUCAAUCAGAGUUGGUAUGGACUUCUUGCCAGCCGCCUGUUUCGUAUGUCUUUAAUUUGGUUAAUGGGUGUGGCAAUCAGCAGCACAAGGACUGCAAGCAUAAGGAUUCUGCGAGCGAAUGCAAGGAUGACAAACAGCAGAAGCCAGCAAAAUCAAGGGAUCACAAGCGUGAUUCGAAACGGGAGAGAUCCAAGGACAGGAAAAGUCCAAGAUCUAGCGAUAGAAAGCGAGAUCUCUUGAAGGAAAGGCAAAACGAACGCUCCAAGGAGAAGAUCAAGGAAUCCUCUACCAAGGAUGAUUUGCAAAAAGUGGAAAAGCCCAAAGACAAGUCUCGAGAGCAGCAGCAGCCCAAGGACAAAUCCAAAGAUGACAAAUCUCGAAUUGAUACAAAAGAAAAGUCAUCCCGAGCCCCGUCCAAGGACAAGGGCAGGGAUGAACCUAGGGAUAAAAGUCAGAGGGAUGUGUCCAAAGAAAAGGUCAAGGACAAAAUAAAAGAUUCCUCAUCAACAACAACAAUAACAUCUAAGCAUCACUCCAAGGAUAAAUUAAAAACUGAUACAAAAGAGCCAAGCAGAGAUCUUUCCAAGGAAUCGCAUCGCGAAUCCAGAGAACAGCCUAAAACCAAAUCAAAGGAAACGCAUCGGGAACGAUCUCCCGAGCCAGCAAAAGACUCGAAAUCUCGAGAUCGCUCCAAAGAUAAACCAAAAGAGCGUUCAAGGGAAAGAAAGGAACACGCGGAUGAGCACAGGGACAAAGCCAGAGAACGUUCCAAAGAGGAUAAGCACCGGGAACGGGAACGGGAAGAGACGCAUAAAAAACGUUCACGUUCCCGGGAAGAUAGAAAGGACAAACUCAAGAGGCGUAGCAGAAGUCGCAGCAAAACGCGACAACAAGCCGAGAUUAAGGCUCGAACACCACCACCGCCGCCGGCAGCUACUCCUACACUUAAUCCUACAGCUACUCCUCUAGUAACUCUAGCAGCUGAAAUGCCACAAGAGUCGCCGGCGUUGGAAACACCAGCAACACCAACAGCGUCGUUUAAACCCUUUGACAUAUUCGCCGAAUCCCCACCAAGACUGAAUGCAAUACGAAACGAAAGCAAAACUGCUGAAUCACUACCACUACUAGCCACCGCCACAUCCUCUCCUGCCAAUACAACUACAAACCAAAUGCAAAUGCAACCGCAAACACAAGCUCCUCCCCCGCAGAAACCUCGAAUCGUGGAUCGUAGCACUACACCGCCAUUGAAUCGUCUACAUACGACGCCCUUGCUCCGGGCCAGUGAGAUUCAUAGUCGUAUCGAUGCUCUAUUGAAUGACAAUGAUGAUUUGCAUUUAGAGGCCUUGCUGGCCGCCACCAAGGAGCAAUUGCUCAAGAAGGAGAAGAAGUCAACAGAUGGAGCGAUACCGCCAUCCGUCAAAUUUCAUGUGAAUCCCUUCAAAAGGGAAGUAGUAUUAAAUAAUGGUCAAAACGAAUGGGAUAGAGAUACAGAGAAGAAGGAAAGGGAUGGCACAACAUCACGUUCAUCAAGAUCACGCAUCAAAAUCGAAAAGUGUCGCAGUCCAUCGCCAGUAUCCGCAACAUUACCAAUGCCAAGUAAUAUAAAGAUUAAAAUUGAACGAAAUAUGACGCCGCCACCCGUACCCAUGCCACCAGUGGCCACUGUCGCUCCUGUGGUGGAGGAAUCCAGUCCCGAUACCGAUGACUAUAUAGACAAUUGGGAGAAUGAUGAUUCCCUAAUGAUGAUGCCUUCGGUACUAAAUACUAAAACAGAGAUUAAUCAACCCCCGUCAGGGGCAAUAAAUUAUCUAAACGGUGAUUUAGCUGAUGAUGACUCGAAUACCUUAUGGAAUGCUAAAAGUACUCCACCACCCAAGGCCAAACAAGGAGCAGGAGGAGGAGUAGAUGAACCUGCCACACCCAAUAAUCUAAAUAUCAAUGAUAUCUAUGAUAGAUUCAUGAAUUCCAUACAAGAGGGCAAUAAUACAACCACUGAGAGGGAUAAUGGAGAGAACGCGGAUGAUGAUGAUGAGGAAGACGACAAUGCGGAAGACUCUUCAAGCGACUCCUCAUCGACCUCAACCAGCAGUUCAACAAAUAGCAGUAGCGAAAGUACAUCUAGCUCUGAUUCCGAUGAUUCUAGCGAUGAUAGCGAAGAUGAGGAGAUGGAAGAUCAUGUCCCAGCGGAGUCAACGGCUGCGACGUCAAUAUUAGAUGAAGAAAAGAUGCUGAAACAGGAAAUUGAAAGCGAUAAACUAACAUCCUCGAAUAACUCAAAUAUGCAAAAGAAGAAUAAUGUUAGCAAAGAUUUGCGUAAGCUAAAAAAUCUCGAAGAUAAUCUCGGACGCAUACAAAUGAUGCGUGAGAAUUAUGAUCCGGGAGAUGAUAUAUGCGAGGAGCUGCUGAAAAUGGAAUCUCUUUUUCAAAUGCAACGAAAUGCCAUUAUGGAUAAAUAUCGUAAGCAUGAGCAGGCAUCAUCGGCAGCAUCUACAACGGCCACCAGUUCCAAUCCAAUGAUCCAAGAUGAGCAGCAGCAGCUGCCCGUCAUAGAGCCACGACCACCGAGUCCGCCAGUAAAUAGUAUUUUUGAUGCCAAUCGUGAGGCCAUCAAGUUGACAAUUUCUCCAUUGAAACUUACACGUAAGUCGGUCAUUUUUGAUAGAGAUGAUACGGACCAGCAGCAGCAGCAGCAACAACAACACCAACAGCAGAAAACAAACACGCCCACUAGGCCACCCAAAGAGAUAGCUAUAGUUAAGCCCACCAUCUUGGAGACACGCAGCAAAGCGAUGUCAACUGGAUCACGAGGUGGAUCAAAAAACUUUUCCUCCACCUCCAACUCCUCCUCCUCCGCUCGCCGGCAGCAAACGCCGCGCGAUCGUACGCAUUCCCGCUCUCGUUCCAUAUCCCGCCAACGUUCAAAUCGCCGACGCGGCGGUACACCAAGUCCCAAACGCUGGCGACCCCCGUCACCGAUUAAUAGGCGUGGAUCGUCACGUAGUCGGUAUAGUAAAAUACGACAACUGCCACGCAGCAGCCGUAGUCGUACCUUGAGUCGUAGUCGAACUAGGAGCCGGAGUCCUCACCGAAGAGCGAGACGUUCCAAACAUCUCAGUGAUGAGGGUAGACGUCGGAAACCCCUGUCGCCUUUAAGGCAUAAGAAUAUGGGUCCACGAUCACCGCCUCCACCCUCAUCGCUAUCAUCAUCAUCCUCCCUCACACGACGUCGCUCGUAUUCCCGUUCACGAUCACCGUUGCCCUUCAAACCGCCGUCGCCGCCCAUGCGACGCAGUUGGUCACGUUCACCACCCGGAGGAGUCGGCGGUGUGGGCAAGAGGCGUUUGACUAGAUCACGUUCCCGCAGUCAUUCCCGUUCCCGUACGCCAAUGUCACCGCAACGACAAUCGUUUGCCGAUUAUUUCGAAGAGAAUCCCGGCUUGGAAGCAGCCGCUGCCUGCUAUUAUUAUAAUAUGUAUCAUCAGGAUCAGGAUGGCAGCAUGGCCACAAUGGGUGACAACUAUGGAGAUGCUGGAGCCUAUGCUGCUGCCUACAUGGAUGCCUCAUCGUAUACGAAUAUGGAGCAGGCCUAUGCCCAAUAUACCGAAUACAAUGCCCAAUAUGAUUAUGGAAUGGGCAUGGGCAUGGGCAUGGAACCGAAUGCUGCCCCCACGCCAGGUGUUUUGCGUGAAUUGCCCAAAGCACCGAUCAACCCGGUGGCCGUACAAAAGGGCAAUGUCUUGGAAAUUGUUCCCUCUGCCGGCUUGGAUAUACCACAAAGUGCUCCGAUUGCUGAGAUUACACCCAAACCGAGCACAGAGGAGCCCAUCGAGGAUAAGAGCAAACCGAAACGGAAACGCGUCAAUUUUGUGGACAAUGUUUUGCCCAAUUAUGAAAGUGAAAGCGAAGAUCGUUCCAUUGUGGAAAGGGCAGUGGAACGUGCCCUACAUAAAUAUCGCGAGAAACGUUCAACAAUGGCUGCCAAGCUGCAACGCAUAAAGGAUGAGCUAUUGGCUCUACCGCCACCGCCUCCCCCACUGACACCGAAGCCACCGAAUGUGGAGAAACCCGUGAUGGUGCAAAAGAAACCGAAAUUUCUUUAUUUCCAUUUCGAUCCCCACAAGGGGGCCAUCAUUAAGGGACAUACGCGAAUGGUGCGACCUCCACCAGGAGUUGGUCAUCAUCAUCUAAUGCCACGAUUCGAUGCCAAGCGUUUUAGCAUGCUAAUGAAAUCGGGCAAUCUGCCGCCAUUGCCGCCACAUUUGCUUAGGCAACGUCCGCCUUGGUUGCCGCCACCGCAUGCCGAUGCCAUGACCAAGGCAUCCAUCUUCAAGGAGUUCUUUAGCAAACAUCCGCCACCACCUUUGCCCCACUAUCAGAACAUGUUGCGCACGCUACCAGGACGACCCAUUGAGACGGUGGAUUCGGUGGAUACGGCAGCGGUGGCUGCUUCUUCUGUGGCUUCUGCAGCUGCUGCUGUUCCUCCUCCACUUGGUGUCUCUCAGCCCAUACCUGUUCUCGGCGGUGGUCACAACAGCUUCAUAUUACCGAUGACAGUUGGACCUGUGCCUGCCCCAUUGCCGGUGCUACCAAUUGCUAUGGACAUAGCGCCGCUCGCGUCGUUGUCAUCAUCAUCCUCGUCAUUAUCAUCAUCAGCAUCAGUUUUGACUCUGCCGUUCUUUACACCGCCGCCGUUGCCGCAGUUUACAGUGCAAUCGGUGCCAUCCAUUAGAGAGAUUAUGCCAGUAGAUAUAUUACAAAAGUUGGGUCCAUUGCCCAAAACCCUUGAUUUGGAGGAGCAACCAACAACUCCCAUACAAGGCAAUGCAGCAGAUGAGCUGCCAACAUCAUCAUCAUCAUCAUCAUCUUUGAUAAACACAGAUCUCAGCAAGGAGAAGCAGCUGGAAUCAAAUCCUACUGCUACUGCUGAUCCUUCAGAGCAAGAGACACCACAGCAGACGCAGCCAGUGGUGGAGCAGCCACCGGCCCAACCCAUGCUACUAGUGGAGACCCAAUAAGUGCCCCACGUAUCAUCAUUAGCCUGAUCUACCCCCCGCGUCCCUGCUCAGUCUUUUAGUUGUAGGUUUAGUUUCAGUUUUUUUUUUUUCUUUUUGUUUAUAGUUUUUAGAAAUGGACUCCGUAUUGAUCUUAAGAUUUCAUCCCCUUAUUACCAUUCAAAGAACAAAUUGCAUUUAUUGUUAACAUAUAACAAAUUAAUAUGCUUUUUUCUACUUAGAUUUUGUUUAAGCUUUACAUUUUAUAUAUAUUUACUAUAUAAAUUAUAUAUAUAAACUGAUGCAUUGAUUUCUAUGUUUGUUUCUUUCCCCUUACAAAAAUUAUAAUUUGUUUUUUU